AUGUAUACACAAAAUGAGGAACAAUGGAAGGAAACAGAUGAUUUGGGCUGUAGCGAAUAUCGGCGACGUGUGACGCAUGAAGAUAUUUGCAAUUGCGACACUUCAUUACGAUCAUCAACGUCGCAAGAUUUGCGAAAAUCAACAGAUUAUUGCCCUGGAUACAACGAUUAUGCUACCAUACAUCCAUCAAAUCUUUGGUUUCAAAAUGACCUCAGAGGACGCAGUAGACAACGAUAUUGUCAAAAUUCAAAUAAUUGUUGCAAUUUCUGCGAUUGCUAUUGUCGCAAUCAACAACGCUAUCGUAAAAGUCGCAGUGAAGCAAUUCAUAAUCGUCGCAAACGUUGGAAUGCUUCUGAUUCAAUUCAUCAACAUUCAGAUCAAUUUGUGAAAAGUUCAGAAAAUCUUCCAACAUUAUCCACAAAAAAAUCAUCAAAUUUUCAAGCAAAUAAUACGAUCAAUCUCGACGAUAAUUCAAUACCAAUAACGAUGACAACGAUGACAACAACGAUGACAACAACGAUGACAACGAUGACAACAACGAUGACAACAACAACACCUUAUUAUGGGCCAUUUUUGGCUCGUAAAAUAAGAAUUACACCAGCAUUAAUUGAAAAAACACGAUCAUUUCAUGAAUGCUAUUCAUCGGAACGAAAAUAUUUCAAUGAAAUUAAAACAAAUGAUCAAUGUGAUAAUGUUAUCAAACAUUUAUCAGAUGUGACAACAACAAACAACAAAUCAGCAAUAUCUGAUGCAUCUCCGAAUAUUAUCACCAAACAUACAUGCAGUGAAUUUGAUGAAAUACCAUUAUAUGCAACAAAAAAUUCUAACAUUAACAAUGAAAUGAAUUCAUUAUCAGAAACAAAUUUAUCACCACUGAUAAGCAUUGAUAAAUUUGAGCAAAUAACAGGAAGAAAUACAAUUAUGGAUGAAAAUAAUUAUGCAAAUGGACGUGAAGCAUUAAUGGAAGGAUUGGCAUUGCUAAAAUAUCGAAUGAAAGAACACGAAAAACGAUUAAUAUUAUCGCAUCAAAAUAAUGAAAUGAAAUUAUAUUCAAAAAAAAAUUCCGAAAUUCGAGAAUAUUUGCAUGAAAAAAUGCAACAAUUUGCAAUAAAAAAAAUUGCAAAUUAUUGGUAUAAAAAAACAUUUAAAAAAUAUGAACAAAUGGAAAAAUUUUCACAAAAAUUACAUCCAUUAGUGAGCAUUGAUAAGCAAAAAAUUCACACUGAUAUAAUGAAAAUAAAAUCAAAAAAUGUUGAAAAUACCACAUCUAAUGCUAUUAUUGAUAAUUCUACUACUGAUAAUGAUAAUAAUGAUAAUAGUAAUCAAUCAGAAUUUAUCACGGAAAUACGUCAAGUACGAGAGAAAUUACGAAAAAUAUCUGAUAAUUCUACACUGAUUACUGAUAACAGAAAUAGAACAAAGAAUGAUAUAACAUCAAUUAAUGAAGUGAGUAAAAUUGGCGCAAAAGAAUUAUCACCAAAUUCGAAUGAAAUUUUCAGUUCAACUUAUUCAGCACAACAAUCAAUUGCUGAUAAUCAUAGUGGAAUUGAUAAAAAUUUUAAACAAUCUAAACUUGCACCAACUUUUCAUAUUACUGGUAAAACAGAAAGUAAACCACAGAAUACAGCAUUACCAACUGCGCCAACUGCUACCGCAAUUAUUACUUCAACUUUUGAUGAUGAAUCAUCGAAAUGUAAAUUAUCAUCGAUGUACAAUGGACGAAAAUAUGAAACAAUCACUGCUGAAGUGUACAUUCGAAAUCCGAUGAAUUUGAAACCAACAAUAAUUAAUAUUUCAACAACCGAUGAAAAAAUGAAGAAACCAUAUUGGAUGGUAUUAAAUACAUAUGAGUCACCGCCUGGUACAAUUGAUCGAAAUAAUAUUUUAAGAAAAACUUUUGAUAAAGCAACUAUUCAAGUUGGAUCUAAUCCAUUACAAAUGUCAGAUGAAAAAGUUGAAAAAAUGGAUUGUAAAUUGGAAGAAACUACAAAUACUUCAGAAAUAGAAUGUAGUAUUAAUUCAAAUAUUAAUAAUAUUCCAGAAAUGAAACAGAAAUUAUCUGAACGAAAUAAUGCAAAAAUUUCAAUUUCAUUUGAUUCUAAAUUAGAAUCAAAAAGUGAUCAUAUAAUUAAAACUGAAAUUGAUACAACAAUUCAAUCACAAAUUGUCACUAAAUCAAAAAUCUCAGAUAUCAAAGAUGCUUUAUCGAAUGAUUUUCAAACUUUAGUAACAAUGAAAACGGAUGAAAUUUGCAAAACUCACCAUACCAUAGCAUUUGAACCACUGAUAACAACUGAUAAUGAACCAAUGGAAAUUUGUCGACGUGAAUUAGCAAAUUAUCAAAGAACAAUUUCGGCAGUAAAACAUAAUUAUUCAACUGAUCAAUCAAUAACAAAUUGGCAUGUAACAUAUAAAAUUUUAACAAUAGAUGAUGCAUUAUUUGAAAUUAUAAUUCCAUCUAAUAUUCCGAUUGGUCUUUGGCAAAUGAUUAUGCAAAAUAAUGAAAGAUCAAAUUUAUACACUAUGAAUUUAUGCAUUCUGUUUAAUCCAUGGCAUAAAGAUGACGAGACAUAUUAUCCAAAUGAAAUAGAAUUAAAUGAAUAUGUAUUGAAUGAAUUAGCUGUGAUGCGCAAAUGGAAUCAAAGAGAUGCAUGGCUUUUAGGACAAUUUAGCGCCAUUUGCAUAAAUACAAUAUUGCAAUUGUUGGAAUUAUGUGUGAAAAAUAAUUUGUUAAAAAUGGAUGAACUUGGAUCAGCUUUUGCAAUUGUAAAAGCAAUUGCUAUAGCUAUUAGUAAAUUUAUAUUAGAAGUUAAAUGGAGUGAUUUUCAACAAAACGAUUGUAAAAAUGAAAUUAUACCGAGUGCAUGGAGUGGUAGUAAAGAAAUUAUGGCAUUGUAUAAGAGAUUGGGUGUUAAAAUAGGUUACGGGCAGUCAUGGUGUUACGCUGGUCUUCUUACGUCAAUUUGCCGAUGUGUUGGAAUUCCAUGUCGUAUGGUAACGAUUUAUAAUUUUGCGCCACAAAUUGAUAAUGACGCAUUGAUAAAAUUAGAUAUUAUUGAUGAUUUGCUUGCUGAAAAAAGCAAAGAUACCAUAUGGCAUUAUCAUAUUUGGAAUGAAUUAUGGCUUCAAUCAAAAAUUCUGAGAAAUGAUUAUAAUAAAAGUGAAUGGCAUAUUUGUGAUGCUACUCCAAUUAUAAAAGAGGAGGAUAGUUUAUUAAAUGAAAGGAAAGGAUUAUUUCCGGUACGACAAAUUAAAACGGAUGGUGAAAAAAUAGAACCGGAAAAUGAGAAUGAAUAUUACGGAAAGCAACUUUAUAAAAUGUUAAAUGCUACUAUUAUUUGCAAUUAUUAUUAUCGUGAUCCAAUAACAUAUAAUCCAAUUUUUGCAUAUUCUAAAAAACAUGGAAAGAAGUAA